AGUAUAUUGCCUGUCGUAACCCAGCGGAUCUAGGUCUUUGAGGCUGAAGUCCGGCAAGUCAGGUCACCAGUUGCCAAGUUCCUUGUGUCUCCGCUCGUUCAAGGGCAAUCUGGGGGGUUUCGUGCUUCGAGGUCGAUAGAUCCGCACCGUGUUUCGCACAGUAGGCCAAGCAUUGGAUAUGAAGCUCCAAGACAAACUCCGCGCUCCAACCAUCGCUCCGACACCACACAUGUUCUCUUCCAGCGCAUAUCGCGUCGCGUCGCCGUACUCAUACCCGGGCUGCGCACGGCUUCGUGAUUUCGUAUAUUUUGCGUCUCGGAUAUCAGACUCUUCCAAUUUAAUUCCCGAUUCUCCAGAGACCCGCAAAGCCAGACCGCCCGAGUCCAGCCGACCUCCAGUUCAACCCCGCCGCUGCUGAAACAAUUCAAGCCCCUUCAGGGCGCAACACAAAACUCUCUUACAACCACCACGGAGAACAGCAGUACCGCCGACCCGGCAAUUAACUCCUGAGAAGGAGAUUGGAGGGAGCAACGAAACGCGCGCCCGCCAUGGCGUCGUGGUACAAGGACCUGCUGACGAACGCGUCGUCCAACAUCUCCAAGCUCCAGCGCACCUACUUCGGCGGCGAGGCGGACGGCGACACGGACGACGACACGCUGGUGUGCCGCGUGCUGCGCGCCUACUAUGCCGAGAAAGGCCAGCCGCUGCCGGGCUGGCUGCCGCCCGACCCCAAGGCGCCGCCGCCGCCGCAGCCCGUCUACGCCGCGUCGCAAGGCGCCGGCAGUCGGUAUGGAGGCUUCGGCGGGCAGGGGCAGCAGCAGCCAGGGGCCGGUGGGGGACUGAGCAGUCUGUGGGAUAACAGCAGCAGCAAUAAUAGCGCUGGUGCGGGACAGCAGAGGCAGGGCCAAUUCGGGGGCAAUCGGAAUCCGUUUGCUGCUGGCGCCGGCGAUGCGGGACAGCGGCCGGGGCUGGCGGGCCAGCGCGCGGGGAGCUACCAGCCGCCCGGAAGCGGGAGGAGCGAUGCGCUCAGCCCGGCCGGCACCGGGUCGUCGGGCGUGAGUGCGCAGGAGAAACUGAAGCAGCGGUUAUGGGGCGGCUCGAGAACGACGAGUCCGAGCCCCGGCGGGCCGUUCCAGCCGCCAGCGGCGCAGCGACAGCAGCAGCCGCAACAACAACAACCGCCGCCGCCGCAGUCAGGGAACAGAUGGGGCUGGGGCAGUGGAGGGAGCAGCGGGGGGAGUGGUGAUGGCGGCUACGGCUCGCAGGCUGGGAGCCGCAACGAUCGGCCUGUGAUGAGCGCGAAUGCUCCAUGGGCGGACGGAGGGUUCGAUUACCCGGGCGGCGGCAUGGGCAUGGGAGGAGGGAGUGGAGGGGCCAGCGGCGGGCGGGGCUAUGGGCUGCCGAGCGGCCCUAGAGGAGGGUUGCCCAGCGGGCCACGCCCGAGGUGAGGACUUGGAUAGGCAGCGAAGAGGAGUUUGGACGAUGGUGGCAAGCAUGCAUGAUGACGCUGAACGGGAACUGCCAGCGCAGUCAGGGCACGUCGCCUGGGAGCUGGGUUGGGUAGUCGGGAGACCAAUGGUAUAGGGUGCUCAUGACUGCUACGACAAGCUUGUUGGUUACGACUACGAUGGACGCGUAUGGCGAUCCCGUUUCGAU